CGAGAGCCCUGGGAGACGGCUGGACGCAGGCUGGGCGCGGUGCGGCCCGGACGAUGCUGCUGAGCCCCGGCCCGGCCCGACCCAGAGCACAUGAUGGCGAUACGGGAGCUCAAAGUGUGUCUUCUCGGGGACACGGGAGUUGGGAAAUCAAGCAUUGUGUGUCGGUUUGUCCAGGACCACUUUGACCACAACAUCAGCCCCACCAUUGGGGCAUCUUUCAUGACCAAAACUGUGCCUUGUGGAAAUGAACUUCACAAAUUCCUCAUCUGGGACACCGCUGGUCAGGAGCGGUUCCAUUCCCUGGCUCCCAUGUAUUACCGAGGCUCGGCCGCAGCCGUCAUAGUCUAUGACAUCACUAAGCAGGAUUCAUUUCAUACCUUGAAAAAAUGGGUUAAGGAGCUGAAGGAGCAUGGCCCAGAGAACAUCGUGAUGGCGAUUGCCGGGAACAAGUGUGACCUAUCAGAUAUUAGGGAGGUGCCCCUGAAGGAUGCUAAGGAGUACGCUGAAUCCAUAGGUGCCCUCGUGGUGGAGACAAGUGCGAAGAAUGCCAUUAACAUCGAGGAGCUCUUUCAGGGGAUCAGCCGGCAGAUCCCACCCUUGGACCCCCAUGAAAACGGAAACAGUGGCGGGAUCAAACUGGGGAACCAGAGCUUGCAAGCCGGCCGGCGGUGCUGCUGAGCCGAGGGCGUGGCAUACAGAGCAUGACAGAAGGAGCCAGAGACCUCUCCUGUGUCCAGGGCACACAGAAGGACCCCACCCACGGGGCUAACUCUGCCUGCUGGAGUGUGAGCAGCUUUGUACCCUGGGAGACCCGCAGGAUGCUGAACGAGGAAGUUUCCUGAAAAGAAAUGAUAGAAAACUCUGGAAAACUCACCAUCCCACCGCAACACGGCCUCCGGUUUAUGAGAUGCACAUGGCGAGCUUGUACUUGCUAGGUAAUAGGUAUAGGUUGCCGUCUUUUGUUAAAGAAUUGUUAGGGAGGUUUUAGAUUUGUCCGCAAACCUCAGAGUGCUGUUCUUCACUGAUUUCCUACGUCACCUAGUCAGGUUCCAAUAACGUCUCCAGGGCCAGGACCUUCCUUUCUGGCCAGUCCAUCAAAAGGCAAAGGCAGUAUAUAGUAGGUUAGCUCUUAGCUGGCUUUGGCAGGAAGCCUUUCUUAGUUUUCUGAGGGAAAUCAGAGAUGCAUAGCUGGACCGUUGCUCAAACUGAGAAGUAAUCUCCUCAAAGAGAGACAAACAUUGGAUUAGAAACCGCCAUCCCUGUCUUUUUUUGUUUAUCCGAUGACCAUUUUUCUAAGGUGUGGCCAUCCGUGAACCAACCAAAUCAGACUAGAACGUUAUAUAUAAUUUAGGGGUCCAGAGAGUUAAAUUGUUGCUAUGUAAGCAGUGGGGGAGGGAGGGUAUAAAUGGCAUUUAGGGUACCCCCAGCAUGCAUACCCCCCCAUUGCAGUGAGUUUCUACUUAUGGGAAUGAUUACUUUACAGAGCAUUAGGAGACAAUGUCACGAUGCCACAUCUAGGGAUGUUUGAGCCUAAAUUGUAGGGCAGACUUCUAUUCAUAGUGGCUAAUCAUGGGUUACAGCCAACCAGGCAGAGGAACGUUACCACCCCAAAAUUCUGGACUCCUAAAGGUGUAAAAUAGGAAGAAGUCCCUUAAACUUUGCCCGCAUUGGAGAAAAAAGGUUGUCAAGCAGUCGGUGCCAAGUCCCAGUCACAGACGGUGCUUGUCAACUUCGGGAUGCCAGCUUCAACAUGGUCUUCCUGCUUCUCCCAACUCGGAAGCUAAUUAAAUCUUAGAAUACAGAGGAGAGCAAACACUUGUCUUGAUUCAAGAAUGUCCCUAGAUAUCCUAUAGCAGACGUCUCAAACACUGUUAGCAAGUGGCAUCUCUGUCUCGUGCCAGGGUCUUCUCAAGACCGUCAGAGCCUGUCCCAACAUCAGACGUCCAACAUCACUGUUACAGGAUUCCACGGGCUGGCAAAGAUGUUCAUCCUCUCACUGCAGGUCAAACACACAAACAAAGAACAAUUGAGUUGAAGUUGAAGUGGCCUCUCUCGACUAGUAUCAAGCUUAUUUUUGAACCUCUCCCCAUUGGGGGGUAAACUUUUGCUGAGGGCUUGUAUUUACCUGUCUGUCUGUCCAUUCCCAGGGGAGAAUGCCACAGCUUUGGGUGGGUUUUGCAGUGGUCGAGUUUUGCAUGAACUGUCUGGGCUUCACCUUGAGAGUGAGCUGCCCUGGGAUUGGAGAAGCAUGCAAGGGUAGGAUACCUUGCUCUUCCCAGGCUGCAUUGACAUUGAUAUCCAAGCCAUGCAGAGGACAAGUAUGCCUGAGUGCCACCAGCAUGAGGGAAGGGAGAUGUGGCAUGUGGGCACACGAAUAUUCACGCCGUUUGGGGCCUUCUCUGCAGAUGGUGCUGAGGCCUUUGGUGCUUCUCUCCCCUUGGCUUGGCGUUCCUCUUGGGACGUUUUAACCAUUGACCCUAAACAAAGACCUAGAAAUGACAAUUGCUCCAGACAUAGGAUGUAGUGGCCUUAUGGUUACUCUCCAAAUUCCCUUCCCAACCCCUAUUUUCCUCUCUCACAGGUGGCAGGUUUGUAUAUGUGUAAAUAUGAUUUUUAUGUCAGCCACACCCACACGUAAUCUACUUCAGAGUGGCUGUGUUUGGCUCAUGACCUUGUGUCCAUAAGGGAGGCACAGGUUGUCAAAGGGAUUCUUUCUCAGCAGACGUCCCGAAGGACCGUGUAAGGGUUGUGCAAAUGUUCUAUACAGGUACAGAAUCGACUAGCCAUUUUUUUCAUUAGAAGUGGUGUAUCAGGGUACUGGAUAUGACGUCAUCUUGCAGACUAACCUACAUUCUAGCCAACAGCAAGGGCUGUGCCCCAGUGGGAACCCCAUUCUUUCCUGAGGAAGGCUUGAAGGAUCCAAGUGUUUCCUCUGCAAUCAUGGACUCUGGCUUCUUGCUGCUCCACAGCGUUCUUUCUGGGUGAGGAGUAAGGAGCCAGUGGUCAGCUGAGGGUUCUGGCUGUGCUCACAUGUGAUCAUGCCUUUCACCAUCGUCGUGACGCCCAGCAACUCAGCAGUCACGAGGUCACAUAGACUGUCACCCUUUCUGGUGUUUCUGUAAAGGGUUUCCACUUGGGCUGGACCCAGGUUUUGCACCUAGAAGAUCCCUCUGCAGACACCUAGGACCCUCGAGUCUUAUACUCCGUUCUAUGAUAAGGCGGUGUUUCCGUCCGAGCUCAUUUGUAUCAGUCGCUUUUGAUUUUAACCCAUUGGUAUGAUUCAUACUAAUAAAUAUUCUAAGGUUUA